AUGCCUUUGAUACCUAGAAGGGGUUCUCGAUCAAUGACUGCGCAACGCAUCAGUCACUACCUCAAUCUGAGAGGGCCUUCGAAAACUGUUGACACGGCGUGCAGCAGCUCACUUUACGCUUUGGAACACGCGUACCGAGCCAUUCGGACUGGUCGAUGCAACAGCGCAUUGGUUGGUGGGGUCAGCCUGUGCCUAAAUCCCAUAACGUCCCUGCAGUUUGCUCGGUUAGGUGUUCUGAGUCCGGAAGGGAUGUGUAGGCCAUUUGAUGAAGACGCCAAUGGUUACUCACGCUCCGAGACCGUUUCCGUUGUCUUUCUGCAGAAGGCUAAGGAUGCUCGUCGCAUUUACGCACAGUUGCUGCACACAAAAACAAACAGCGACGGUUACAAAGAGCAAGGGAUAACGUUCCCAUCGAGCGAAAUGCAAAAGCUCCUCCUAGACGACACGUAUGAGGAAUGCCGGCUGGAUCCCACUGUAAUCGACUUCGUCGAAGCGCACGCCACCGGUACCAAGGUCGGCGAUCCCGAAGAAAUGUCCGCGCUGGAGCAAGUCUUCUGCACCAACCGCGACGCACCACUGUUCACCGGCUCCAUCAAGUCCUACCUGGGUCACGCGGAGGGCGCCAGUGGAAUGUGCUCGCUGGUCAAGGUUCUGCUCGAAAUGGAGGACGACUGCAUUUAUCCAAACAUCCACUACGUCAAACCGCGGCAGAGCAUUAAGGGCUUGAUCGAGGGCAAAGUGGUGGUCCCUUUAGAACAAAUUCCGUGGCCAGAAAACGGCUCGGGGGUGGUUGCGAUUAACUGCUUCGGCUUUGGCGGGUCUAAUGCGCACCUUAUCCUCAAGAGGUUCGAGCAACGAAAGGUUAAUGGAGGACUGCCCGAAGAUGACUUACCGCGACUGAUGUGCGUAAGUGGACGCGUGUCGGAGUCGCUGAAAACCAUCUUUGAUGACCUUGGUGGACGUAAACUGGACGCUGAGUAUUGCAGGUUACUUCAAGCGGCAUUCAAGUGUACUAACUCUAAGCACCCUUAUCGUGGGUACAUCAUCCACGCCAAAACUGGCGAGCUAAAGCGGAGCUCGACGAGGUUCGACAGCAAGAGGCGCGUAUGUCUGCUCCUUCCAGGACCAACUGAAGCACUCCUCGACAUCGGCAGUGGACUGUUCAGAUUUUCGGCGUUUUCCGCGGCCGUACAGAGAAUCGCCUCACUCCUGCCGCUCCAGGUUGAUUUAAUCAAGAUACUAAAAAAUUGCAAAUGCAAAAGCGGGAGAGAAUUAGUACUCGCUAGUUUAGCCAUUGAGCUCGCUUUCGUCGAGCUGCUCAAGGAGUUGAAUUUAUCGUUAGACUACACGGCGGGGAUGUCCAUCGGGGAGUUAUCCGCCGGUUACGCAAACGGGCGGAUCAAUUUCGAGCAGGCGGUCGCGGUCGGGUACGAAAUUUCUCGGCUGGUAAGCGAUGAUCUACGUCUCGAGUACGUCUUAAGUGCCAAAAGCUUGGUGCUGUUGAGCCGGAUACAAAAAUGGACACCCAAUCCGGAAGUGAUCCUUCACAGUCUCCUAAAUCCGAAACCUUUGGAGGAACGCUUGUUGCAACACAGUCGCUAUCCCGAGCUAGCCGUUGUCGUGCUUGGUUCCGAUCAGAUUCGGCUGAGCGGUUUCGUUUCCUUGCACAUUUCGAGCUCUGACGCCGUGACCUCAUUCCUGGAUGUGGUGGGAAACCUGUACAUGCUGGGUCACAAUCUCAACGUGGAAGCUCUGUACCCGCCAGUGAAGUGGCCGGUUAGUCGCGGUACGCCCAUGAUCUCGCCACUAAUUAAGUGGAACUACGACAUAAAUUGGUUCACACUGUUUUACAAGAAGACGGUUUUGCAUCCGGGCCACCAAGUUAUUUCUUUGGGCAAUAAGGACAUAGACUGGUCUAUCUUACUAGGGCACGUCAUUGAUGGACUGACAAUAAUGCCUGCAACCGCAUACCUGUUCAUGAUCUGGGAGACGUACUGUAAAAUUGUGGACGUUCCAAUGCUCAGCUCUCGGGUGCGCUUCGACAGCGUGCGAUUCCAUAAAGCCGUUCACAUUUCCAAGUUAUCGGAGAUGGUAUUCAAGAUCACCAUCGGUCGAGGAACCAACAGAUUUGAGAUCGGAGACGUCGAAGAAGUUAUUGUCUCCGGAACCGUACGCACACUCUCAGAGACGGACGAAUUCAUUGACCUCGCCUUGUCAACUGAAGAUGACGAAGGAAUCUCCUUCACGUCAAAAGAUAUUUACAAAGAGCUACGCCUACGGGGUUACAAUUACUCAGGAGCGUUUCGCGCUCAGGAAACAGCCCAUAUAUCCGGAUCGAUAAGCUGGAUUAAAUGGGAACGUAACUGGAUCGCAUUCAUCGAUAACAUGCUGCAGACGAAACUUCUCGGAGAAGAUACCCGAAGUCUGUACGUCCCCACGUUCAUCGGCCAGUUGAAGAUUGACGCCAUGAAGCACUUCGAGUACGUUAAGCAGUUGGACAACCCAUCUCUACUGCCUGUGUACAAUCAUCGCGAGGCGGAUGCCAUCAGCUGUGGAGGUAUCGAGCUGCGGAAGCUUUACGCUACGCCGAUCAUGCGCCGUAAGGUAACGGCCGAGCCGGUCCUGGAGACGCACAAGUUCGUACCGUUUGACACCGAGCUGCCCAUGCAAUCUGCGGUGCGCGUCCUGGUGCAGAUCUUCCUUGAGAACACACUGUCGCUGAAGGUUAAAAUCGUGGAGGUCGCGAAAACUGGCGCGAUUUCCCCAAUCCUGCAAGAGGCUUUUAACGACCAGCCGCUGGUUAAAACUGAAAUCACACUUUUGAGCGACGAAAACCUGACUGCCCCAAAUCUGAAAGUCCACAACAAGACAUUGUCCUCCGAGAAGCAAUGCGAGAUAGUCAUUCUCGAGGGGGCAUCAGGUAACCUUGAACUACUCCAGGAGGCUGAAGGCGUCCUCAAGGAGAACGGCAUUAUUAUCUCAAGGGAGGGAGAUGAUCUUUCUCCAAAUUUCCCUGGCCUCGCGCUUCUGGCGCAAGUAAAAACUGAAACGGAAACGCUAGUGUUGCUGAGGAAGGUUGUGAGCUACCGGAAAGAGCACGUGAUCAUGGCCAAGUUUGAUGGUACAACUUACGACUGGUUGCCCAAACUUCAGAGUGCCAUGCGCAAUGAAACCAAAACGUUGGUGGUCGUCGAAAAUGAGCCCCUAAGCGGCGUGCUCGGCUUUGUCAAUUGUCUAAGACGCGAACCUGGAGGAAUGAAUGUGAAAUGCGUCUUUGUUCAGGACGGGAACGUUAAAUUUAACCUCUCCGAUCCACUCUUCAGCGAACAGCUAAACAAAGACUUGGCGAUUAACGUGUUGAAGCACGGCGCUUGGGGUACCUAUCGCCAUCUGCCUCUGGAGCGCUUGGAGGAGGUUGAAAGCCAGCACGUCUUCUGCAACCAGAACGUCGUGGGAAACAUGUCGACGCUCGGCUGGGUCGAAGGACUACUCCCGCAGGAGAACGCUAAGGACCCCGAACGAUCGGUCAAGGUAUACGCCAGUUCCAUCAACUUCAUGAAUAUUAUGUUGGCUUCCGGUCGUGUUCCUUCGGAGGCGUUCAUAAAGGAUCGGCUUGCUUUAACCACAGCGCAAGGUCUUGAGUACGCCGGAAUAGAUGCAACAGGCGGCAGAGUAAUGGGAUUUGUACAGCGUGGCGCUAUGGCUAGUUCCGUUGUCCCCGACGGUGAAAUGAUGUGGAGGAUACCGGUUCAGUGGACUAUGGCACAGGCCGUCAGUGUUCCGGUUACCUACUCGACGGUGUUGUGCAGUUUCUUCGUGAGUGCCCAUCUUAAACCGGGACAAAGUCUCCUGAUACACUCCGGUGCUGGAGGCGUAGGGCAGGCCGCCAUCUACAUAGCCUUGUUCUACAAGUGCAAAAUAUUUACAACCGUCGGUACCGAGGAGAAGAGGAAGUUCAUCACGGAAACAUUCCCAGAAAUACCAGCUAGCCACAUCGGCAACUCUCGCGAUACCUCCUUCGUGCAGAUGGUUUUGAAGCAAACACAAGGAAGGGGAGUCGACUUGGUUUUAAACUCCCUGGCUGAAGAAAAACUGAAAGCGACGCUUCAGUGCCUUGCGCCGAAAGGAUACUUCGUCGAGAUAGGCAAAUACGACUUGGUCAAUAGCAGCAAACUUGCACUCUCUGUACUUAGCGAAGGGCGUAGGUAUGCCGGCUGCAUGUUGGAUAUGUACUUCAGGGACUUCCACAAUCAAAAGCACACACUUCAACAAAUUCUGAGUAAAUUCCUGAAACAAGGGGCGGUUAGGCCUUUGUCCGUUACCACCUUCAACAUGGACCAAGUCGAAGAAGCCUACCGUUACAUGGCGGCAGGUAAACACAUAGGAAAAGUCGUCGUAAAGAUACGCGAUGAAAACAAGCAAUCGCGCGAACUAUUCAGGGCUCUCCCUAGAUUCUCCUGCGACCCUUGCAUGACGUACAUCAUUUUAGGCGGCUUGGGAGGCCUUGGACUGGAACUGGGUGAUUGGCUUAUACUAAGAGGUGCCCGCAAUUUGGUUUUAGUCUCUAGGAAUGGUGUCAGAAAUGGCUACGCCGCGUCGAAACUUAGGGCUUGGAAAACGUAUGAGGCUACCGUAAGGGUGGUCACAGAGGACGUCACCACCAAGGAAGGAUGUGCGCAACUGCUGGAGAGGUCGGAGAAACUUGGGCCCGUAGCGGCGAUCUUCAGUUUGGCGGUGGUACUUCGGGACGAUCUCUUCGAGAACCAGACGGAGGAGAACUUCGUAGACGCGCUCUCGCCGAAGGCCCGUGCGACGCGGCACCUAGACGCCCUAAGCCGGCGGCUCUGCCCGCGCCUACAGCAUUUCGUUGUAUUCUCGUCGGUCUCGUGCGGAAGAGGCAAUACAGGCCAGACCACUUACGGCAUGGCCAACUCGAUCAUGGAAAGGAUCUGCGAGCAAAGGAAACGUGAGGGGUACCCAGGUUUGGCAAUACAAUGGGGGGCGAUAGAGGUCGGCAUGAGUGAGAAAAUGCAGGAACAUGACAAAGAGAUUGUGAUCGGUGGCACACAGCAACAGCGUGUCUCGUCCUGUCUGAGCAUCUUGGAAACCUUCCUCUUGCAAGACGAGCCCAUAGUGGCCUGUAUGGUGGUGGCGGAAAAAAAGAGCGUCGCCGAGGGCGCCGAAAGCGUCAUCAGCGCGAUCAAAAACAUUAUGGGAAUAACCGAUAUGACGACGAUCAGCGAGCACGCCACCUUAUCCGAAAUGGGCAUGGACUCCAUGACCACGGUCGAAAUAAAGCAGGCCCUCGAACGCGACUGUGAAAUCUUCUUAAGCCCUAAAGAAAUUCGAACCCUCACCUUCGCUAAACUAAAAGAGCGGUUAUCCAAAGAAACACCAGACCACGGAGUUCCAACCCUCCCCGCACGCACAAACACCUUUUACACCCACUUCCGCACUGAGGAGGAAUCCAGAAUACCAUUAAAGCAAAUGGAAAGUUUAGUUAAGCAACAAGAUCACGCGCCAUUGGCAAUCUUUCUGCCGGGAAUUGAAGGAGUUGCCGAAAACAUGGCGCCCUUGGCUAAAAAAGUUAAGGCUCAGGUGGAGUGUAUCCAGUACGCAAACGCCGCCACUGAUUUCAACUUAGAAGCCUUCGCUAAAUCACUACCAAUGAUAAUACCCCACGUCGAACAUCAUUUUAACCUCGUAGCGUAUUCGUAUGGAUGUGCUGUCGCGUUAGAGCUCGCUUCCAUCUUAGAAGUCCGUGGAUUGAUCGGAAAAGUGAUUUUAAUCGACGGCGCACCGGAAAUGCUAAAAAAACUCAUAAGUCUGCAGUUGUGGUCUGAACACGAGUCGGAGGCCUCCUUGGAAACCGCCAUACUGUUUAACCUAAUCACCUCAUACGCGCCCUUGGAGGUUACAGUAGCGCUUCGGGAAACCGUACGCCAGUUGCGCACGUUGGAGGAACGCGUCGAGUACUUACGCGACAUGAUACCCGAAGGCAUUCCGCAUUCGAAAAAAUACCAAAAGCAAGUGGCCAUCGCCGUCUGUGCGAGAAUGAAAGCUCUAUAUAAUUACGAGGCAAACUUUCCAAAGCUGAAGUCGGAGGUGACGCUGAUCAAGCCGAUCGAUUCGCCUUUCGUAAACUACGACGAGGACUACGGACUGCAGAAGUUGUGCGAGGAACCCGUUCGAGUUCAUACGAUCGAAGGGACCCAUGAAACCAUCGUGCAGAAUCCCGAACUUGCCGACUAUAUCAAUAAGAUAAUUAACAAUAAAGAGUAA